AUGGGCGAUCGGGGCAUCGGCUGGAUCACCGUGGGCCACAGACGCCUGGUCUCCCACGGCCAAUCUCAAUCAUGGGACGAGCAGGAGAUGCUGGAGCGGGAAGCCAUCGCCGCAUGGGACAGUGACGAGCAGUGGCCAAGCGUUCAUAAGCCGACAUUCAACGGCGCCGAGGCCAAGCGAUUCGACUCCCGACUAACACCGCUCGACUACCUCGGCGGCGGCGCCUUUGGCCGUGUCGACAAAGUAUCCCAUGGCUCCGUCUGCCUCGCCCGCAAGCGCAUCAUGCGGCGCCGCGGCCUGACGAUUGACGAUCUGCGCCAGGAAGGGCUGACGAUGAGCAAGCUGGACCAUCGCCAUGUCGUCAAGCUUGUCGCUGCGUACAUGCCGCGGCCCCACGAGCUGUGUCUGCUCAUCUGGCCCGCCGCCGUCUGCGACCUCGACACUCUGCUCGACAAUCUGGAUGCGAUACGGACGGGCAAGGGCGAUCGCGAGGACAUCAUGGCGAGGCUCGAUGCGCUGGGCCUUAACGAUUUGAGCGCAAUUGAGCCUUCCACCGAAGACCAGAUCAUGGACUCGCCGGCAAAGUGCCCGUUUGAGUUCCUUCGCGGCGUGGUUGGCUGUGUGGCUCGCGCAAUGGCGUAUUGCCACCGCAACGGCGUUCGGCAUCUGGACAUUAAGCCGUCGAACAUCCUGCUAAAGGCCGACCGAGUGUAUUUGGCCGACUUUGGCAUAUCCAAGGACGUCAGUGGACAGGAUCAGACCACCAUCGACGGCAACCCUGGCACAGAAAAGUGGCGAGCGCCCGAGCUCUACAGCGAGAAUGGCGCCAGCAUGCAGCUCUCCGACAUAUACUCCCUAGGAUUGGUCUACCUCAACAUCGCAACAGUUUUAUACAAUGUGAGGCUCUCCGAGUUUGACGACGCCCUCAACUACGAUAUCGACCUCUCCCGCGGCGAGAAGCUCGCAACCCGAGAAGCGAAGCUCAAGCGCCUUCUCGAGACACUCACUUCCCACGCCUUGGUAACGCCUCAGUUCAUGUUCACAUACGAAGGCCAAGAAACAGUAAGACCGCGGCCGCUCGUGAGCCUCAUUGCAAAAAUGAUUACUCCCUCGCCCCGUGCUCGACUACCAGCCGACAAAGUCGACGAAAAGCUGUCCAUGAUAGGAGGUAUCCAGCAAAUAUAUCACGGCGGCUGUUGUAAACGGCCCUUGCCAUGGGUUGAAGGCAGGUGGGAUAAGAAAUUUGUCAGCCUGUUGAGUCUCAAGGCAGAGAAUGACGACUUGAAGAAGAAGAUUGCGGAACUACAUGGAAGAGACGAGACGUAUGAGAAACGACUAGAGAAUGCACGGAAAGCGCACGAACAUGAUGUUACAAAGCUUCAGGCGUUACUAAAGGCUGCUGAGGAAAAGUGUCGCGCGCUGGAGCAAGCUCAAGGAGGACGCAGGAAACACCAUGAGCGCGAGCAUCAUCAACAUCAGCACCGCCAGAGCGGCCUAGGAAUAAAACAGCAGCGUUCGUCUCGAUCACCAACUCCAAUCGGUGCAGGCCGCGGCCAGUCCAAAACUCGUUCGCCACCGUCAUCCAUCCCACAGCGACCGCCACUUAGGCCCUUGUACCAGUCAUCCUCAUCACCUCGGAACUCAUCAGUCAAUUUCCAAAUGCCCACACCACCAUCCCGUUCGUCAGAAUCACUAUCACGCUUCAGUAACAGCUCGACGGUCAAGGCUUCUCAGCAGCCAUCUCCCGGUCUAGCAAACAGAACUUCAAGCACCACGAGUCUAUCAGGAUACACGCUACGAUCUCGCGGCUCAGGCUCCAAAUUGCCCCUUCCCGUGACUCCUAGCAGCAGAUCCGGCACUCCCAACCUCAACCAAGAACAAAGCAUGACGGACAGCAGCAUGGCAUCGUCCAUUUUUUCCAGGAAAAGCAUAGAGACUGUGCCCACGCCAGCUCAAAACAGUCCAAUCGUGAGUAGAGUAUCGACAGCCGGCGAUGGACCAGUUAUCGACUGGGGCGCUCUCCCUACUGGAAGGGACCGAGAUCGAAGAAGACCUUCUACACCUCCGCCACCUCCGAGUCCAGGCUUGUCGAUUUCUCCCUCGACUAUAUCAUCACCCAUGACGCAAAGGUCUUUUGCUGACUAUGACGACGAUGAUGAUGAUGAUGGCGACGGCGGCGUCGAUCCGAAUGCCACUACGAAGCCACAGAGAAGGAUCCCCUCGCUGCAGCCGAUGAAGAGCUGGGCCGAGGUGGCGAAGAAGGAGCUAAAGCAGCUAAAUCGAAGAAAGCAGUGA